AUGUUCCGAAGGAUACUCCAACGCGUUGACUUUUGGUUGAUUUGGGUAACAGUUGUACUAUUUGGAGCUUCAGGUGCAGGAACGCACAGUUGCCAUGAGGUUAAAACAGCUUUCCAAUUGCGCCAGAUCGGCUCGUUGAAAUGGGUCCCCGAGGCACCUGGAACAGGUUAGUGCGCACUUGAUCUAGCAGGUCCUAACACAAUCUCUCUGCAGAGUGUCCAGGAGCCAGAUUCCCGCCGCUUGUGCACCUGUUUCUUUUCCAUAAGGUAUUGAUCAAUCAAAAUCAUAGAAAUGUACAAAUUGUUUACAUUAUUGUUAAGUGUAAUUUAGCCUGUUUAUUUUAGAUUAAAAAGGAAGUUCCUACUCAUGUAAAAGCUUACAUAUGGUUCCCUGUGCUGUGAAUGGGACAAAUACACAUAGUGAACAAUGAUGUAUAGGCUAUCUUCAUUGGUAGUGACAGCAGUAAUGUGCUCUUAGGAUUGUUCACAUUGUCAAAACUCGCACAAAUACAUUGCAAGCUUACUCAAGUUUUCUGUCUGAUACUGAAAUUAAAUUUCCUUUCCACGUUAGUGCAUGUCAUCCACCUGAUUGAAAUCUAUUUUUCGGCUUCAUCAGACAGAGAUAUGCCAAUGAACAUUUUAUAGAUUAGGUGAUGGAUGGCAAAAUGAGCAAAAACUGUGACAUAGGCUACACUAAAGAAAGAUUCAAGCAAAACUGCCUAGCAAGUAGGCCUAAUAGUUAAUGCUUUAUCUUUGUGUAUAGACCAUGAUUCCAAGAACUGGAGUGAGUCCCAAGGGAGGCCAUCACUUAUUUUUGUGCUUUUCAAAUACUGAACUUAUUAUAUGGAUGCACUGGCCAUAACAGUCAUAAUCAAUAACAUUGCAGUUACAUCAGCUCAUAAUUUGGCAAACACCAAAAAAGCAUUCACACAAUUUCAACCAAUGUUCAAUGAUUUUUUAUAAAGGGUGUAUAAACUAAACACUAACUGAACAGAUUACAAACAACUUAUAAGUUAGAAGCCCGUUCAUAAAUAUGUUUAAGUAUACCUUAACAUGAAGUGUGACCAAAAACCAUUUUGCAAUUUAGUUUGGAGAUAGUCUCAUAAUCAAAUAUCACAUUAAAACCAAAUAAAUCAUUUUUACUACACAGAUGCACACAAAUAUUCUCUCUCUCCUCAUCUGUAUUGGUCAGGUCAAGUGACCUGAGCCCCAGGGGCCACAAUAACUGAGCUGCGCGUUGUGUAUGAUCAUCUACAGUACAUAUACAGGUCAUUAGGUUUAAUGGACUGCUUGUCCUGCUCGAACAUCAUGGCUAUGCUUUAUACUUCGCCUUUUAUGGGGUACAAAAUUGUUGUCUCAAUGGCACACGUAAAUAAAAUAAAAACAAGAAAAUUGUGCCCUCUGGUUUGCUUAAUAUAAGGAAUUUGAAAUAAUUUAUACUUUUACUUUUGAUACUUAAGUAUAUUUUAGCAAUUAUAUUUACUUUUGAUACUUAAGUAUAUUUAAAACCAAAUACUUUUAGACUUUUCCUUUUAGUAUUUUACUGGGUGACUUUCACUUUUACUUGAGUCCUUUUCUGUUAAGUUAUCUUUACUUUUACUCAAGUAUGACAAUUGGGUACUUUUCUACCACUGAUAGAAAGUCUACACCUCCUUCAACUUUUUACAUUUUUUGUUGCGUUACAAAGUGGGAUUGAAAUAGAUUUAAUUGUAAUGUUUUGUCAUUGAUCUACACAAAAUAUUCCAUAAUGUCAAAGUGAAAAGAAAAUUCUACACAUUUUUACAAAGUCAUAAAAAUUGAAUAACAAAAAUAUAGUCGUUGCACAAGUAUUCACCCCCUUUGUUUAGGCAUGCCUAAAUGAGUUCAGAAGUCAAAUUUGGCUUAACAAAUCACAUAAUAAGUUAUAUGGAUGUGUGAAAUAAUAGCGGUUUACAUUAUUUUUUAAUGACUACCCCUUCCUCUGUCCCCCAUACAUACAACAUCUGUAAGGUCCCUCAGUCAAGUAUUGAAUUUCAAGCACAGAUUCAACUACAAAAACCAGGGAGCUUUUCGAAAGCCUCAUAAAGAAGGGCAGUGAUUGGUAGAUGGGUAACAAUAACAAAUCAGACAUUGAAUAUAUCUUUAAGCAUGGUCAAGUUAAUAAUUAUAUUGUGGAUGAUGUAUUAAACCACUCAGACACAAAAAAGAUGCAGUCGUCCUUCUGAACUGAGCUGGAGGACAGGAAGGAAACUACUUAGGGAUGUCAUCAUGAGGCCAUUGGUGAUUUUAAAACAGCUACAUAGUUCAAUGGCCUAAAUGAGAAAGUGAAAAGAAGAAUACAAACAUACAGAAUAAGUGCAAGGCACUAAAGUAAUACUGCAAAAAAAAACAAGGCAAAGGAAUACACUUUUUGGUCUAAAUGCAAAGCCUUAUGUUUGGGGCAAAUCCAACACAACAUAUCACUGAGUAACUGCCUCCUUAUUUUCAAGCAUAGGGAGUUUUUCAGGAUGAAAAGAAACGGGAUGGUGCUAAGCACAGGCAAAAUCCUAGAGGAAAACCUGCUUCAGUCUGCUUUACACCAGAGACUGGAUAGGAAUUCACCUUUCAGCAGGACAAUAACCUACAACACAAAGCCAAAUCUACACUGGAGUUGCUUACCAAGAAGAGUGUUCCUGAGUGGCCAAGUUACAGUUUUGACUUAAAUAUGCUUGAAGAUCUAUGGCAAGACCUGAAAAUGGUUGUCUAGCCAUGACCUCCAACAAUUUAGCAGAGGUUGAAGAAUUUUGAAAAUAAUAAUAAGCUAAUAUCGCACAACACAGAUGUGCAAAGCUCUUAUAAGACUUACCCAAGAAGACUCACAGCUGUAAUCGCUACCAAAGAUGUUUCUAGCAUGUAUUGACUCAGGAGGGUGAAUACUUAUCUAAUCAAGGUAUAUUUGUGUUUUAUUUUUCAUAAAUUUUUCUUCUACUUACAUAGUAUUUUGUCUAGAUCAUUGACAUACAAUGAACACAAUAAAAUGCAAAGAAAUCCUAGGGGGGUUGUAGACUUUAUAUACAGUGGGGAAAAAAGUAUUUAGUCAGCCACCAAUUGUGCAUGUUCUCCCACUUAAAAAGAUGAGAGAGGUCUGUAAUUUUCAUCAUAGGUACACGUCAACUAUGACAGACAAAUUGAGAAGAAAAAAAAUCCAGAAAAUCACAUUGUAGGAUUUUUAAUGAAUUUAUUUGCAAAUUAUGGUGGAAAAUAAGUAUUUGGUCACCUACAAACAAGCAAGAUUUCUGGCUCUCACAGACCUGUAACUUCUUCUUUAAGAGGCUCCUCUGUCCUCCACUCGUUACCUGUAUUAAUGGCACCUGUUUGAACUUGUUAUCAGUAUAAAAGACACCUGUCCACAACCUCAAACAGUCACACUCCAAACUCCACUAUGGCCAAGACCAAAGAGCUGUCAAAGGACACCAGAAACAAAAUUGUAGACCUGCACCAGGCUGGGAAGACUGAAUCUGCAAUAGAUAAGCAGCUUGGUUUGAAGAAAUCAACUGUGGGAGCAAUUAUUAGGAAAUGGAAGACAUACAAGACCACUGAUAAUCUCCCUCGAUCUGGGGCUCCACGCAAGAUCUCACCCCGUGGGGUCAAAAUGAUCACAAGAACGGUGAGCAAAAAUCCCAGAACCACACGGGGGGACCUAGUGAAUGACCUGCAGAGAGCUGGGACCAAAGUAACAAAGCCUACCCUCAGUAACACACUACGCCGCCAGGGACUCAAAUCCUGCAGUGCCAGACGUGUCCCCCUGCUUAAGCCAGUACAUGUCCAGGCCCGUCUGAAGUUUGCUAGAGUGCAUUUGGAUGAUCCAGAAGAGGAUUGGGAGAAUGUCAUAUGGUCAGAUGAAUCCAAAAUAGAACUUUUUGGUAAAAACUCAACUCGUCGUGUUUGGAGGACAAAGAAUGCUGAGUUGCAUCCAAAGAACACCAUACCUACUGUGAAGCAUGGGGGUGGAAACAUCAUGCUUUGGGGUUGUUUUUCUGCAAAGGGACCAGGACGACUGAUCCGUGUAAAGGAAAGAAUGAAUGGGGCCAUGUAUCGUGAGAUUUUGAGUGAAAACCUCCUUCCAUCAGCAAGGGCAAUGAAGAUGAAACGUGGCUGGGUCUUUCAGCAUGACAAUGAUCCCAAACACACCACCCGGGCAACGAAGGAGUGGCUUCGUAAGAAGCAUUUCAAGGUCCUGGAGUGGCCUAGCCAGUCUCCAGAUCUCAACCCCAUAGAAAAUCUUUGGAGGGAGUUGAAAGUCUGUAUUGCCCAGCGACAGCCCCAAAACGUCACUGCUCUAGAGGAGAUCUGCAUGGAGGAAUGGGCCAAAAUACCAGCAACAGUGUGUGAAAACCUUGUGAAGACUUACAGAAAACGUUUGACCUGUGUCAUUGCCAACAAAGGGUAUAUAACAAAGUAUUGAGAAACUUUUGUUAUUGACCAAAUACUUAUUUUCCACCAUAAUUUGCAAAUAAAUUCAUAGAAAAUCCUACAAUGUGAUUUUCUGGAUAUUUUUUUCUCAUUUUGUCUGUCAUAGUUGACGUGUACCUAUGAUGAAAAUUACAGGCCUCUCUCAUCUUUUUAAGUGGGAGAACUUGCACAAUUGGUGGCUGACUAAAUACUUUUUUCCCCCACUGUAUGCACUGUAUAUUCAUGUGUGGUAUUGUAUGAUCACUGUGAAUUUUGGAAAGUACCCCAGUGUUUUAACUGAUUUAUUUCAGUCUUCAUAAGCCCCCUGUUCCUUUGUCCCUCUGCAGUGUCCAUCACUUGUGCUGUGGUAUUUUAAUGUACAGUGCAUGCAUAACAACUUGUCCUUGGGGGAAAGUGUCACAGACACUGAAUCCAGCCACAGCAAUGCAUUCUGGGACAAAGGAGGGCUGACCCCAACAGCUGAGGAGACACUGGGCUUUGUCUGUUAGCACCCAGAGCCCCUUUCCUUUCACUGCUGUCUGCCCUCUGCCUUUUGAAAGGUCACACACAUUGUUUGCAUAAGUUGGGUAGAAAGUUUAGCAGGUAGAGGAAGCACAGAAAAUAGAAUGAGAUGGUCGUAUUCAUUUAGAGGUUGAUCACAUUGAGGGGUGGAUGGGUGGGUGGGUUGUGGAAGAUGUUACUCACCACUGUGCUGCUGAUGCACAGUAGUGUAGGGCAUGUUGUGGUGGUGGUGGGGAUUGGGAAGGGGCCUGCUUUUCCUCGUCUCGUGAUCCCAAUCAGCUGUUCUUCAGCUUGGCUUACAGUAGCUUGUCAAUGUCAGAUUCCUCACACAGGAGAGGAGUACGGUAAUCAUGAGUCCUCACGCUUUCACUGCCUCUCAACCCCCUCUCAGGAGCUUGUUGUGAAUGUGUAUGACUGUGUCCAGUCCUCCUCAUCGCUCAGCUCACCUCCAUUUCUGUCCUCAUAAGUGGGAUUGAAAGAUAUGUGAGAUGUACUGUUUUAUGUUUAAGACUUACUUUUAAGUAAUAUGAACAUGCAGUGGUUGUAUUGGGGGCUUCAGAGCCUGAGAAAAGCCAUACUUGCGAGGGCCAGACAGACAUUGCUAUUUCACACAACUGUGAUAACAUUUUGAUACUUGAACAACGGAACAUCCAGUGCACGUAAGUCUAUGUCACCUGUCAUCAGUCACAUGAUUGAUUUGUUCACACAAUGCUGUCAUGAUUGACAUGUCCAAUGAUUUAGGCCUGGUUGAGUUUGUAAGCAAGUUAACUCUGGUGAGUUCAAACUCAGCUGCAUCGCUCCGUUUCUCUCUGCAUCUUCCUCUCUCUGCACCCUUGGAGCUCUUGUAUCUGGACUUUAAUUCAGCAAGGUCCGGCCAGAUAGCCAGUCUAUUUCUGAAGCUCUUUCUCUCUCUCUCGUUCCUGGCUCCACUUUCACAUGCUGGUGUAUUAGUUUCAUAUGGGAGAUAAAGCUGAUGGUGAGCCAGCUCGGGGGAGAUGGAAGGGAGUGGGGAGGUGAACGAGGACAUUGGCUAGAGGGGCUAAGGGGUGCCAGGGUCACCCUGGACCUCAUCCAAAUGAGAUUGUAUUAGGGGAAUCUUUGCUAACUCAAAGGGAACUUGAAUACAGUGGGUAUACAGUAUACACUGAGUGUACAAAACAUUAGGAACACCUUCCUAACAUUGAGUUGCACCCCCUUUUGCCCUCAAAGAGCCUCAAUUCGUCGGGGCAUGGACUCUACAAGGUGUCGAAAGCGUUCCACAGGGAUGCUGGCCCAUGUUGACUCCAAUGCUUCCAACAGUUGUGUCAAGUUGGUUGGGUGUCCUUUGGGUGAUGGACCAUUCUUAAUACACACGGGAAACUGUUGAGCGUGAAAAACCCAGCAGCGUUGAAAUUUGUGACAAACUCAAACUGGUGCGCCUGGCACCUACUAUCUACCAUACCCCAUUCAAAGGCACUUAAAACUUUUGUCUUGCCCAUUCCCCCUCUGAAUGGCACACAUAAACAAUCCAUGUCUCAAUUGUCUCUAGGGUUAAAAAUCCUUCUUUAAUCUUUCUCCUCCCCUUCAUCUAAACUGAUUUAAGCGGAUUUAACAAGUGACAUCAAUAAGGGAUCAUAGCUUUCACAUGGAUUCAACUGGUUAGUCUAUGUCAUGGAAAGAGUAGGUGUUCCUAAUGUUUUGUAUACUCAUUGUAGAUGCCCAUGAGAAAUACAGUAAGUGUAGAGAAAUAAUAACCAUUUAUUCACUAUUUAUUUAUUCAACUAUUUGAGUAAGUAUUAUUAAUCACAUUUGGUCAAAGCUUCUACCACACUUGAACUAUGUAUUUCACAUUCACACCUCAGUUGAGGUGUGUGUCAUGUCAAAGAUUGCCUAUUAUAAUGACAAGAUAGUCAAGUGACCACUCUAACAAUGGAAAUACAUUUCCUCAUAGAUGAGAGGCAGGCGGGAGGAGACGAGAUCAGGUGAGACCAUUCUAGCCAAUGAGAGGGCAGAUAUGCGUGUGACCAACAGGCCAUAGAGAUAGAAAGAGGACUCAUCUUUGUAGCUGUGCCAUUAUAGUGUCUGUGACAGCAUGGGCAGCACAAUUGAGGUUAUCUCCAUUUUAAAGUAGUCGAUUUUCUUCUUCUUCAUUGGCUGAUUGCUCCCAACUCAUAGGAAUCCCCACCCAGUUAACUACUUUAAAAUGGUGAAAGACCUUCAUUGCAAUGUCCAUGCUAUCUCUAUGACAACAGACACAACUCCGAUAUAAACUAUUAUUUUUUUCAAAGUUGCCGAAAUGCCACGUGAAUUCGUAACAACCUAACCAAUACGAAACUUCUAUAGCAAUUACAUUUUUUGUUGAACAAAUUUGACACUUUCUCAUAGACCUCUAUACAGAAAUUCCUCACUACAUGGGCUUGUUUUUAUGGACAGAUGUUGGGCGGAGUAAAGACGCUUCGCCUCUUCCUCUCUAGUCAUGCUCAGGUUUGUUGUUGUAAUAUGUUUCCUCUUCUUUCCCAGAUGGUGAGCUGCAGAUCUGCAAGCACCCAGGCCCGUCAUGUUGCACACGCAAGAUGGAGGAGAGUUACCAGGCAGCAGUGCGCAGAGAGACACUCCAGAACAUCCGUUCCUACAGCUUUGAGCUCAAGUACCUAAUUGUGGGCCAUUCCUCUGCCUUCCAG